GUUGAAGCCGCUGCUGCUGCUUGCGCCUCUCCCAGCCAGCCAGCCAGCCAGCCAGGCUGUUGGCGGCGGCAGCCCCAGCUGAAGCCAGCGGAAGGAGCCCAGAGCCGCGCCGCCGCCGCCUUCCUCCUCUUCCUUCGGCGGGAGAGACCAGCGCCAGCCCCGGCUCCGAGCACGGCGGAAGCAGGCAGCCCGGCUCGCCGUCCAGAUGCGCGGCUGAGCCUGCCCUGCCUCGGGGACUUCUCCUCGCCGGGCUGGGGGGAGGCGGCCGGCGCUCGGAGGCUCCUGCCCCCCCCCGUCGCAACCGCUAUGGAUCUAUUCGACUUUUUCAGGGACUGGGACUUGGACCAGCCGUGUCACUAUGAACAAGAUCGGAAUGCACUUAAGAGAAAAGAAUGGGAGCGGAGAAAUCAAGAGGUCCAGCAGGAUGAAGAUCUUUUUGCAUCUGGCUUUAACCUCUUUGGAGAACCCUACAAGACUAACAAAGGUGAUGCUCUUGCCAACCGUGUCCAAAACACACUGGGGAACUACGACGAGAUGAAAGACUUCCUUACCCACCACUCUAACCAGAGUCACCUUGUAGGAAUCCCAAAAAAUUCUGUGCCACAAACGCCGGUAGAUAAAAAUGAACAGAGCUUUUUCCCAGAACAGAGGAACCGGAUGAUCCCACCCCACCAGAUCAGUGGCCACUCCUCGGCCUCGAUGCCUCCACCAACGUCCAUGUCAUCCAAUUCGAAUUUGCCGCACGGUCACCAGAGCAGCAGGAAAUCCAGGACUGACUGGUGUCGUGGCAGCCACAGCUCUAACAGUGGUCAGCCAAGUCAAUCUGCUAGUGGGCAAAAUAGGACAAAGCAUAGCUCUUCCCACGAGCCACCACAAGGCAGGUAUGACGACCUCUAUGCUUGUCAGAGCGAGCAGCAUAAAACUGGAGGAGGCGAGGAAGCCAACACAACGCCAUCAUCUUCACAAUCGAGGAGGCAUAACCAUUCAAAAUCAAUGGUGGCAGAACACUCUUAUAAAGAAAGCAGCCACUCCAAGUCUCCAGUGGAUCUUGAGUUUCUGGGCUACGGAUCUGGAUCUCCGCUCCCUUCAACAUCCUUGUUGUCAGCAAACGGCAGUCUUUCAACUCAGAACUUUCCUCCGGGACUGCACUGCAAGGGCAGCAUGACCCAGCAAAAGCCCACGGCUUAUGUUAGGCCAAUGGAUGGCCAGGACCAGGUGCCAAACGACUCGCCAGAACUGAAGCCACCAAUUGAAAUAGAAGGCAUAUAUGGAAACCAGUCCUUUGGAACUCUGCUGGAAGGAAAGGCCACCGGUCCUGGGUCGAAGACUAAAUUACCAAAGCUUACCAUUCCUCAAGCUAGCGAAGUUAGCCUUCCCAAUGAUCCCAGCUGUGUGGAGGAAAUAUUGCGGGAUUCACAGCAUCUGACCUCAGGAUACAGCGUACAAAAAUGGAACGAGCCUGCUGGCAAAGUUGUAACCAAAUCAGUGCCACAGAAAUCAAUGCUUGAAGAUGAUCUGAAACUCAGCAGUGAUGAAGACGAUAAUGAGCAGACUGCAGAGAAGACAAAGCCUCGAAACAUUCCUGUAAAUGGCCUUGCGUUGCCAACAGCACACAACCCAGUCUUAACACAUUCCAGCGGAGGCUCUGGAAGCUCCAGUGAAUCUGAGAGCAGCUCUGAGUCAGAUUCGGACAGUGAAACAAGCUCCAGUGACAGCGAAUGCAACGAAGAAUCACGCAGUGGAACACCAGAGCCUGAACCCCCCUCAGCUAACAAAUGGCAGUUGGUUAAAUGGUUGAAUAAAGUCAAUCCCCACAACAAGACGAUCAUCAGCAACCAGCAUGAGAGCCACGGCGAGAACAGCUCUCAGUCUCAGAGCAGCUCACAGAUUGAAGGGCAAAACAAAGGGAAGCUUAACAGCAGCCUGCCUCUGUCCGAUUCCAAAGACCAGGUGCUCCGCAGCCCCAUCCGAGAGAAAGCCAAACCCCGCAUCGCCCAGAAAGCUCCAGCCGAGGCAAAAAGCUCAAAGCAGAAAUCGCCGGCUCACAAUGAACCCACCUCCCAAAGGACUACCGGGAAAAAGCAACCCAAAAAGGUAGAAAGGACUUCCAGUGUGGAAGACUACAACUGGCCCAAACCAAAUGUUACCAGCAGCACACCCAAAGAGAAGGACACACAAGAACCCCCGGAGCAGCCCAAAGUUCGCACAAAGGUGCCUGCUGGGAAAACUGCCCCACGGAAAGAGCCGAGAACAACCACAGCCCCGGCUCCCGAGAAGAAAAAGUACCGAGGCCCGAGCAAGACCGUCCCCAAGUCUCGGGAAUUUGUGGAAACAGAUUCAUCCACCUCUGACUCAAACACUGACCAGGAGGAAAACUUGCAGGCCAAGGCCUUGCAGUCCUGUGGCAUCCCUGACAAUGGCAUCAAAGCCAAGGACUCCAGCAGCAACAUCCUCAGCGUCAGCAGCUUAACGAGCAACACCAGCAACACAUCCAUCGACCAAAGCAGCAAUGACUUAGAGGAGCAGCUUUUCUCGCCCGCCCCAAUUGUCCAGAACGAACCCCUUUCCCCGCUAAAAGAGUUCGAAGAGCUCAAAUACCUUUGGGUCAAAAUAGACCUGAGUCUGCUCUCUCGGGUCCCCGGGCAAGAUGCCUUUGAGAGCAUCCCUGGGAAAAUGGAGCCCCGGGAGGUCAACACAAAGCAUAGGCGGCAGUCCCGAGGGUCCCCAACACCCAUGACCGAAAAACCCUCCUCUAAAUCCAAAAGGAAGCACAAGCAGUCUGAAAAUGUGGAUACAUUUGGUGAAAACAAGAAACAACGCUUGGAGGAGUCAUCUGUUUCAUGUUUGCUUCCACCCUGCAUCUCUCCAAUACCCAACCACAGAAUAACCAGUACUAAAGACAGCACCUCGGUGAAAAAGGUGGCAAAGAAAAGGGAAGAGAAGCUGUUUCCACCCCCGUUGUCUCCUCUGCUAGAUGAGAUGGCAAUUCGGCGGAGCAGCAAUGACAGCAGCUCCUUUGGCCAAGAGAACACCCUCUCCAACCCCUUCCAGGCGAACACCUGCUCCAAACACAGGAAGAAUGAGAACAAAUCUGCUUCCAACACAAAGGGAAUCUGUGAGGAAGACUCCCACAGCAGGCCCCCAAACACUCUGCUCGACACUUGCCAUCUAGACAGUGACAUCUGGUCUUCUGCUCCUACCUUCGCUAAUGGGAAUCCUGAGCCAAGACGACCUAAAAUAACAUUUGAUGACAUGCUUCACAAUGCAGACUACUACAUGCAAGAGGCUAAGAAGCUAAAGCACAAAGCUGACGCCCUGCUGGAAAAGUUUGGCAAAGCUGUGAAUUAUGCUGAUGCUGCCCUUUCCUUCAUUGAGUGUGGGAAUGCUAUGGAGCGCGAUCCAUUAGAAGCAAAAUCUCCGUACACCAUGUACUCGGAGACUGUGGAACUCAUCAGGUAUGCAAUGAGACUCAAGAACUUCACUGGCUCUUCUGCCACAGAAGGAGACAAGAAGCUUGCAGUUUUAUGCUACCGAUGCUUAUCUCUCCUCUAUCUGAGGAUGUUUAAACUAAAGAAGGAUCACGCUAUGAAGUACUCCAGAUCUCUCAUGGAAUACUUUAAGAAUUCUUCGAAAGUUUCACAGGCCCCUUCUCCUUGGGGAAGCAAUGGAAAGAGCACAGAAACACCGUCCCCUAUGUCUCUGAGCCCGUCACCCAUCAGCUCUCUUGGGAAUGCCACAGGCACGACAGGGUCCUCCUCAGCGGGGACCAUAACCAUUCCCCAGCGGAUCCACCACAUGGCAGCCAGCCACGUCAACAUCACCAACAAUGUACUGCGAAGCUACGAGCACUGGGACAUGGCUGACAAGCUGAUGAAAGAGAACAAAGAGUUCUUCAUAGAACUGGACUUGGUGAUGGGCCCGUUAACACAACAUAGCAGUAUGACCAACCUGGUCCAUUAUGUUCGGCAAGGACUCCAUUGGCUUCGCAUUGAAGCGCACUUGUUGUAGUGACUGCCAUCACAACUCCAUCCUGUUACCUCCGCCGACGCACAGGUGAUCACCGAUGGAAAGCCACUCUUUUCUGGAACUGUAUUCAUAGAGAUUAAUUUAAUUGCCUUUUAUCCAUCUUUAAAACAAAAUGAAAAACAAAAUAUCCUUAUCUGUUAGAAGUGGAACUCACCAUAAAGGGAAAAGAUAGUAUGUGUUCAUACUGUUGAUAUCAGUAUGGAUUCCCUUCACUUUUGCCUUGUGUCUCCUGAACCCUGCCACUCUUGCCAUCCAUAACAUGCUUUGUGGAAUGGUUGAUUCCCUGCAGUAUUGCACUUUGUUGAAGAUACACAUUCUUGAGGAAAAUGUCUCAAAUCUGAAAAACAAAAUAUGUAGAUGUUCAACCCAUCCAACUCAGAAUUGCCCUUUGGAUGCAAUCCAUGCUACUCACAACUUAGGCCUGGCUCCAGUACUUGACAGAGGUCAUUGCUACGAUUUCAGGUAUUUGCCCAAACAAUGAUGCCUUGCAAUUCUGUACUGUUUACCUGAUUUUAAACUAUAACAUGACAGCACAAUGCAGGUAUAGAGCCCAUUUCAAUCCAUUCAAUUGUAUUUGGAACAGAAGAGCAUUCUGCUUCCCAUCCUGUUGGGUUCAUGCAGUCAUCUCUAAUUUAGGAGGUCAGGGAGGAACUGGUUGUAUGGCUUCCAAUCUAGAUAUGUGGGGCAUUUUUGCACAAGUUGAUCUCCACCAGCCUGCAUGGUGGUCAAAAAUCAAUAUGGGUGCAUACUAAUGGGUGCUGCUGGGAAAUGGUCAUGGAGAGGGAGCCAGUGGGACAUAUAGGUUCCACCAUGGUACACCUACAUGCCAGCCUUUAGAGGCAAGUGUGAACUGAUGACAUCAUUGCCUCUCUGCAAUGGUAGCAGCUCUCUGCCCUGGCAUCUGUUUUCAGUGCCAGAGCUAUAGCCUGGAACAUAAGAAGCACUGAAGUUCUCCUGGGCAGAUACAGAGUGUCUUUCCUUUACUAGUAAAAUAGCUAUAGAGAGUCCACACACACACAGGAGAUUAGGGUGAAGAGCUUUAAAGCCAGAGGGUGAUUUUUCCAGACAGACUGACUUGAUCCUUGAAAAUUCUUUGUCUACAAAUUAAACAAGUCUCACAAAUGUCAUAAAUUUGGACAAACAUAUUCCAUGUUUGUUCAGAACAAAAGGGAGUAGCUUCACCACCACCACCCAAUUCAUUCAUUUUCCUUUUUUAUAUAUAUUGAUUUUCGACAAGAAAAUUGCAAAUAACACAGGUCCUCAAAGCAAAACUAAUUUGUUAUACUAAUGAAUAAAGUGUACUGCAUUCUACUGCAGUGACAAAACUACUUAACUGUAAAUUUUACUUAAGAAAGAAAAAGAAGCCAAGAAAAUCACUGAUGCCAUGACGAUGUAAAUAUCAUUCUGUGACACAUCUUUCUGGAAUAAUAUUCCAUAUGUAUUAGAUAAUUAGGAGGAGAGUUAAUUGUAGCUGCAUUCUCUCAUAUAACCCUAUAAUAUCCUGUAAUACUUGGUAACUAGCAUAUCAAAAGCUCACAUUGCUGGGAUUUGAAAAGAAGCCUUGCAUAUAUGUGAUAAGGACGUUUUUAAUAUUUGAUCCCAGAUCCAGUUUUAAAGCUAAAUGUCUUCUUGCAUUCUUUUUCUUUUUUUUUAAGUUAUAUUGAUGUCUGUUAAUAAUGGGGGGGAGGGAUAAAAAGAAAAAAGAUCCACAUCCUAUAACAUUUGAUUCUGUAAAAUCACAGAACUGAAGCCUAACCUUGGGUGUGGUUAGAAUCAUAGAACAGCAGAAUUGGAAGGGGCCUAGAAGGCCAUCAAGUCCAACCUCCUCCUCAUUGCAAGAAUCCAGCUUAGCAUCCUUAACCAGUGAGUGGCAUUCCGUAUCCAAAAACUGGUUCUCAUGGGUAGGUUCCCCCUCAACAGUAUGCUUAGGACACAGUUUGGAAGACAGUGAAAUCUGCACUAUCAACAGCCACAGUUAGUGUCUGCUCUUCUGGCUUCGAUCCAGAGAUCUGCUACUGUGGAUAUAAACACACCCACUGUUCUUCCAGUUCCAGGGCAUCUCCACCUCUCUAUUCUGAAAAUGGGGGCACAUGACGCUAGUCAAACCCCGCCCCUUUUUACUGUAAAACCUGGUGGGUGCAGCUUGAGUACUUUUUAAAAAAUUAUAGCUUCAAAGAGAUUUCACAAGUGAUCACCAGAUCAACCCAUUCUCCCCCUCCAGGGGUGGCUAAUGGAAAUGCUUUGGUCUGGUGACUGGUGUGUUUACAGCCUGUGUUUAUGCCUCCCGCCUCUCUCCUUCCAUCCCUCCGCCCACAUAUUGGGGCAUGAGCUUGGUGUAGAACACCCAUUCCUUUUUUCCUGCCAAUUAUCAGGAGCUUCACAAGAACUGCUGCUGAUGUGGAUGUCUAGAUCGGGGCCACGUUGUCCCAGUAUGGAGUAUACUAGCCAGCAUAUCCAUCUUUGUUGUGUAAGGAGAUCAGCAAUCCGACUUGGAAUCACCGAUUCAGCUGAUUGCAAGAGCAAUUUGUACCUAUAGAGAUUAUUAUUUUCUGAAUGCACAGACUCUUUUUGCUCUUGAUGAUGAUGAUGUGAUAUAUAUGUCUUCUUGCGUUCUUUUUCUUUUAAAAUAUAUAUAUAUAUAUUAAUGAAGGGGUCAAGGUAACCAGCGGUAACCAGAGCUUUCUAUCUUCUUGGUUAGAUCUUUGCUGAUUGACUGGCCUAUUUGGUCCAAUUAAGUGCAUUGUUGUUCUUGUUAGUUUAAUGUGAAGAGAAAUCCUAGACCGCAUUGUACUUGGCAAAGGAUAUUUAUGACUUGAAAUCCUAUCAUAAAGAGAAGACAUUUGUCAAAGGGCUAUCUGUAACCACUCAGUGAGAUCAGGGUGUUGGUUUUCUCCCCUGUAAUGUGUAGGAAAUGGAUGCCUGUCUCCAA